AACACACGUCUCAUCUUUCUGCCUUUUUCCCUUCUUUUUCCUCAUCAAUGGCGAUAUAGACUCACAACCCACAUCCAGCCCUCUCCGCCAAAACCUACCCAAGCAAGCAAGCUCAAGAAUUUUGGAGGCAGAUCGAUUUCUUAGUCUAGAAUACAAUAAUGUCAAUGGAAGGGGUUUUGUCUCCUACAGACCAGCAGAAGCUUGUGUCUUCCUUCCUAGAAAUCGCCGUCGGUGAAACCGCAGAGACCGCGCGUCAGUUUCUUCAGGCCACUGGCUGGAAGCUUGAGGAAGCUAUUCAACUUUUUUAUGUAGGAAAUGAAGGUCGGAUAGCUACACCAUCUGUAUAUUCUCCACCAACCGAAAGCGAUCUGCCUCUCAAUGAUUCAAACCUAAGUGAACUGGGAAAGGAAUUGGUGGAUAAAGAUGUGAGACAAGAUGGAGAGGAUGUACGACCACCUUUACCUGUAAAAAGGGAUGUUCUUUAUGAUAAUCGGAUGCUCUAUGGAGGGGCGAGAUUGGGAGGUUCAUCAUAUGCGUCUCAUACUGUUGUUCCAUUCCGCAAUUUCGAGGAAGAAAUGAAACAUCCUGGAGUCUGGGAAGCAGAAGAAGGUUCAUCUUCUUCUGUAGCGGAUAAAACUCAGGAUAAUCUUGCGUCUUUGUAUCGUCCUCCAUUUGCUUUGAUGUUCCAUGGGCCCUUUGAAAAGGCUAAAGAUGAGGCAAGGAUGCAGAAUAAGUGGCUUCUUGUAAACAUGCAGUCCACCAAGGAAUUUAGCUCGCACAUGCUAAACCGUGACACCUGGGCAAAUGAAGCUGUUGCUCAAACCAUAAAAACUAACUUCGUCUUCUGGCAGGUAUAUGAUCAUACAGAAGAGGGGAGCAAGGUGUGUACCUAUUACAGAUUAGACUCUAUCCCAGUCAUUCUCGUGAUUGAUCCAAUAACUGGUCAGAAAAUGCAUUCUUGGCGUGGAAUGGUUCAACCAGAAAAUUUGCUCGAGGAUCUGCUACCAUUCAUGGACGGCAACCCCUCAGAUCAUCAUGUCAGUUUAUCUCAUAAACGUCCUAGAGAAAGUUCACAGGCACCAAUUCCUCACGUUAAAUCUAUGCCAGAUGAAAAUAAUGAAGAUGAAGAAUUGCAGCGAGCACUGGCAGCCUCCAUGGAGAAUUUUAAGGAAAUUGAUGGAGUUGACCUGAAAGAAGUGAGUAACACCAAUGCUGAGGAGAAAAUGAAGAAGCCUACUUAUUCACCUUUGCCUGAAGAACCGAAGGGUGACAGAAGCCUAGUAUGCAGAGUUGGAGUCCGUCUCCCUGAUGGGCGCCGAGUUCAGAGAAACUUUCUUCGCACUGAUCCGGUUCAGCUGCUCUGGUCAUUCUGCUAUUCUGAGCUGAAGGAAGAUCGUGAGCGGCCAUUUCGCUUGACUCAAGCUAUUCCAGGUGCUUCAAGGUCUUUGGACUUUGAUGUCCAUUCAACAUUUGAGGAGUCGGGUCUUGCCAACACAAUGGUUUCAGUAACUUGGGAGUGAAGCUGAGCCGCGCUGGAGAAUUUUAGUAUUUACCAGCAGAUCAUGCAUAUCCCAUCUUUUUGUUGCUUUAUUUAAGGAUGCAAGGAACUGAACUGCCUAGGCAACUGGUCUAUCUUGUACAUAUUCCAUGUCACAUGCAUGGACAAUAGCCAAUAGGUCGAAAAAUUUAACUGCACACCCGUUUGACCAGAUUUCCUGCUGGUUUUACUUGGCAUGUUGGUGUGGUUUUUUAUUAACUCUCUGAAAGAUUUCAAUGGAUUCCUCAGUUACUUUUCCUACCA